AUGGCCUCGAAGCGUGCUCAGUGUCUUGGCUCGAUUGCCCUCCUCUCGGUGGCAACCGGUCUUGCUGUGACCUACCUGGCCAUCCAUGCCCCUCCCAAGCCGCAGUUUGAGCGUUACGGCAGCUAUGCCCUGGACGUGAUCCGCAAAGAGGUCGGCCUGGGCAAGGGCCGCUACCUCCCCGCGACGCACCUGUACGAGGAGAUUGAGAAGUUUUACUAUCUGCUCGUGCGCAUCUUUAUGGACCUGUGUGAGAAGCCGUUCGGCAAGGGCGCGUUCCUGCUCAUCUUCUCGAUGACCGCGCCCGCUGCGUCGUUUGCCACGACCGAGGCGGUGAAGCCGCAGAAGCACUACCUGCUCGGCGGCAUUGCCGUCACGACGAUCUUUUUGAUCGGCCAGUUGAUCUGCAUUGGUGCGGCGCUGCCCAUCUUUUACAUCCCCGCUCUCGCGUACGUCCGCUGCCAGCGCUCGCAGGAGGUGCACCCCCAGCGUGCGUUCUCUGCCGGUGCGCUGCCCGUGCUGCAGGUGAUGCAGCUCGCGACGGGCGUGCCCGGCCUGCUCACUGUGCUUGUGCCGACGAACCACAAGUACUUCUUCGCGGCCAACACCUGGUUCCAGUUCUUCCCUGUGGCGAUGAUUGCGCUUUCCUUCUACGCCAUGGUGGCCGACAACAAGAACUCGGUGUCGUCGCACGCGGUCGCUGGCAUGUACCGCAAGGGCCGCAUCUCCUCGACGCUGCUCUACUGGACCGGCCUCUACCUGAUGUACCCUACACUGAAGUACAUCGCCGAGGGCGGCCGCUACGACAUGCCCGAUGCCGUUAAGCUCAUCCUCUGGGACGCGGUCGGCAUCUUUUUCACCCUCCUCUAUAUGGUGCUCAUCGACAUGGCCGCCGACGCGGACCCGAACGCCCACGCCAAGAACGCGCAGGGGCCGGUGACUGGCACGUUGAAGGCACUCUUUGUCUCGAUUCUCUUUGGCCCAGGCACCGCGAUGAACUCGUACCUCGCCGCGCGCGAGGACGCGGUCGCCCCGCUCCACCUCGCCGCCGCCGAGGCCAAGGCGCAGUAG